GGUCCCCCUCUCUGCAGCCCCGCUCUCUUUUUUCAGCCCCGCUGCUCCGCUCAUCGCCUCCCCCGUCCUCAGCUCCGCGCCCCCCUGCCACUAUCCUCUCUUACAGGGAUCUCUCUCUCCCCAGCAAAGUUUUCGGGACGCUAAGAACUUCAGGAGUAUAAGGGGAAUACUUGCUAAACUCUGCCUCCUCUAUUAUUUAUGUCCAAGCAUGAUUUAUGAGGAAUCAAAGAUGAACUUGGAGCAGGAGAGGCCUUUUGUCUGCAGUGCCCCAGGCUGCUCACAGCGUUUUCCAACAGAGGAUCAUCUGAUGAUUCACAGGCACAAACAUGAAAUGACUUUGAAGUUUCCUUCAAUAAAAACAGAUAAUAUGUUAUCAGAUCAAACUCCGACGCCAACACGCUUUCUGAAGAACUGUGAGGAAGUUGGCCUCUUCAAUGACAUUGAUUGCUCCCUAGAGCACGAGUUUAGGAAGGCACAAGAAGAAGAGAACAACAAAAGGAAUAUCUCCAUGCAUAACACAGUUGGAGGAGCAAUGGCAGGACCUGGAUCUCACCAGCUGACAAACACAAGGAUGCCAAACCACGACACCAGUGUUGUGAUUCAGCAAGCCAUGCCAUCUCCACAGUCCAGUUCAGUCAUUACACAAGCACCUUCCACAAAUCGGCAGAUCGGGCCUGUCCCAGGAUCUCUGUCUUCACUACUGCACCUACACAACCGACAGAGACAGCCAAUGCCUGCAUCUAUGCCUGGCACCCUGCCCAACCCCACCAUGCCUGGAUCUUCUGCUGUACUCAUGCCUAUGGAGCGACAAAUGUCAAUGAACUCCAACAUCAUGGGGAUGCAGGGGCCGAACCUCAAUAAUCCAUGUGCUUCACCUCAAGUACCCCCAAUGCAUUCAGAAGCCAAAAUGAGGCUGAAGGCAGCGCUGACUCAUCAUCCUGCUGCCAUGUCGAAUGGGAAUAUGAACACCAUGGGCCACAUGAUGGAAAUGAUGAGCUCGCGGCAGGACCAGACUCCACACCAUCACAUGCACUCCCACCCUCAUCAGCACCAGACCCUGCCACCCCAUCACUCGUACCCGCAUCAGCACCAGCAUCCGGCGCACCAUCCUCAUCCUCAGCCUCAUCACCAGCAGAAUCAUCCCCACCACCACUCCCACUCGCACCUUCACGCCCACCCGGCACAUCACCAGACCUCGCCGCACCCCCCGCUGCACUCAGGCGGACAAGCACAGGUUUCGCCGGCGGCGCAGCAGAUGCAGCCCACGCAGACGAUACAGCCGCCGCAGCCGACCGGAGGCCGCCGGAGGAGGGUGGUGGACGAAGACCCGGAUGAGAGGAGGCGGAAAUUUCUGGAAAGGAACCGAGCCGCCGCCACGCGCUGCAGACAGAAGAGGAAGGUCUGGGUGAUGUCACUGGAAAAAAAAGCAGAAGAGCUCACCCAGACAAACAUGCAGCUUCAGAAUGAGGUUUCCAUGCUGAAAAAUGAGGUAGCACAGCUGAAACAGUUAUUGUUAACACAUAAAGACUGUCCGAUAACAGCUAUGCAGAAAGAAUCGCAAGGAUAUCUAAGUCCUGAGAGCAGUCCUCCUGCGAGCCCAGUCCCAGCUUGCUCCCAGCAGCAAGUCAUCCAGCACAACACCAUUACGACCUCCUCCUCUGUCAGCGACGUUGUGGGAAGCUCCACUCUCACCCAGCUCGCCAGCCACAGAACAGACAUCAACCCCAUCCUUUAAAAGUGUUUGAUCAGAAACUGCAAGGGGAGUGUGGCAGCGUAUCAAAGCAUCCUCUGUGCUAAGGACAUUUGCAACUGUAACUCAAGCCUGGAAGAUUCCUCAGUUCUUGAAAGACUCUGGCUUUCAUUUUUAUAGUUAUUAAAAUGUCUUUUAUACUUAGUUACAUAAAAGGGAGUUAUGCAAUUAAUAUGCUAUCAGCUUGAGAAAUGCUUUGGUGCUUUCUCCAGUUUUUUUGGUACCAGUUACUUGUUUAUAAACCUAACUUUCUGUACAUAGCCACAUUUCCUUCUCACCAAGCUAGCCUGAAGCCUCAGAAAUACGGAGUUGUGUUAAACUGCAGCUUGUUAGCCAACAUGAGGCAUGAAAAGUAUUAAGCAGAGUCAUAUGUAGGUAACUAGGAGUAAUUAGGCUAUAAAUAUAUAGAGAGGGCAUCUGCUGACAGCAUAAUAAAAAAUGAGUUAGCGUUGUGCUAUCAGCAGACCCCAUCUUACAUUCAGAGCCUCUUUCAAAGCAGUCAUAUAGGAUGUGGCUAUCAGGACAAAAUCAAGCCCAAACAACGUGCCCUUUUGCCUAGACUUCCCCCUUCUCCUCUUUCUCCUACACUGCCCUUUUUCUCCUCAGUUAUUCUUACACCUUUUCUUUUCCCAAACCCUUUGCAACCCUU